AGCAACAGCAAAGGCGUCGCCCCAGACUCCCACUCCGCCCUCUUCGGCCUCGAAGGCAACAGGCCCUCCACUGCCGCAGCAGGUUCGGGAGCAGGAUCCGGAGUCAUCGGAACAAGUGGACACGCUGGCGCCGCAAACACGGGCAGUGGCGCCGGAGGUGUUUCUGCCACUGGCAACGCACAGUCCACGACCGCGGGGAUACAGCACGGCGGAAAGAGUUCGGCGCCUCCGGGGUCGGGUGCUGAGACGUUGACUCCUAGCCAGGGGUCGGGGGAAAUACCUCCCAAGGUAUAG